CACUCAUAUCGGGUGGUAACGGCGCGUCACUAGGGUACAAAAGCAAAAGAAGGAACGUAACCACACAACUGUAAAGAAAUGUAAUUAACGGAUACCAGUGAAUUGAUCUCGCCUUAGUGUCGCGAUCGCAAAAGUGCCGCAAGCUUGUGUCAAUUGUUUUCACACUCCGGAGAGUGUUUACUAGUGUGUAAAGUAAUAUAAGGUAUUAAGGUGUAAUAACUUCCCCACCAUGACGGUAACUUAUACAGCAGAGGUGGCCACCUGCCGUGGUUUCGGUUGCUUCCUGAAGCUGCUCGUGAGAUGGCGCGGUAGUAUCUACAAACUAGUAUGGCUGGACUUAACGUGCUUCCUGCUUCUAUACUACGUGCUCAACGUUACCUACCGGCUCGGAUUGUCAGAGGAUCAAAAACGGAUAUUCGAGGAAAUCGUCAAGUACUGCGCUACGUACAGCAAUCUGAUUCCGCUUUCCUUCGUGCUUGGUUUCUACGUCACCAUCGUAAUGACGCGCUGGUGGAACCAGUACACAAGCAUUCCUUGGCCGGACCCUAUUGCCGUCUUUGUCAGUGCCAACAUUCACGGUCAGGACGAACGGGGUCGUGUAAUGCGACGUACAAUCAUGCGCUACGUCUGUCUCUGUCUCACGAUGGUGUUGACGAACAUUUCACCGCGUGUGAAGAAACGCUUCCCGACCAUUGAGCAUCUGGUGGAGGCCGGUCUGUUGAACGAAAACGAACAUACCAUCAUGUCCCAUUUGAAUCAGAAGUUUCCGCGUCACUCGAAGCACUGGUUACCGAUCGUAUGGGCGGCAAGCAUUGUGACCCGUGCCCGUAAGGAGGGUCGCUGCAGGGAUGAUUUCGCAUCCAAAACGAUCAUCGACGAGCUGAACAAGUUUCGCGGCCAGUGUGGGCUGUUGAUCUCGUACGACACGAUCAGUGUGCCGCUUGUGUACACGCAGGUGGUAACGCUUGCCGUGUACAGCUACUUCCUUACCUCGGUUAUGGGUCAGCAGUGGGUAGAAACGAAGGAGCUUGGCGAGGGCGUGGUGAACAAGAUAGAUCAGUACUUCCCGAUCUUCACCACGUUGCAGUUUUUCUUCUACAUGGGCUGGCUGAAGGUGGCCGAAUCGCUGAUCAAUCCGUUCGGCGAGGACGAUGACGAUUUCGAGGUUAACUGGAUGGUCGAUCGGAACCUGCAGGUGUCCUAUCUGAUCGUGGACGAGAUGCAUCACGAACAUCCCGAACUGCUAAAGGAUCAGUACUGGGACGAGAUCUUCCCGACCGAGUUGCCGCACACGGUAGCGUCGGCCGAAAUUCGCGAGGAACCACCGCAACCCUCGACAGCCGACAUCGUGGUGAAGAAGAGGGAGGCCGAAGUCAUCCCGGUAGUGCCAACGGCCGUCCGCAUCGAUGAAAUGGUCGGUAAACAGAACCAAGCGGUUGAGUAUAACUUCCCCGCGAAUCCCAACGACGAUGAGAUGGACGAUAACGUAAGCGGUAUACACUUUAAUACGUCCGAGAAACCCAUCUAUCGUGGCGGCAGCUCGGCCACUAGUCUGGCUAGUGUGGCUGGUACGAUGUCCCGUGUCAACACUGUUACCUCAGCGCUGAAGCGAUUUUUCAGCAAGGACGAAUCGAGUCGCCCGAACAGUGCGACACCGGAUGCGGCUGGAUCGGUGCCGUUCAAAUUUCCUGGUUCGGCCAGUUCGACGAAUCUCGCCGGUGGCCGAAUACCCGACAGGGCAAUGGGUAGCAUGCGCAUCACGGACCAAGUGAUCGAAGAGGUGGACGAACAAUUAACCAUCACAUCGAUGCAGGGCAACAAUGAUUCUCGGCCAACGGCGGCCAGUUUGUUCGAGCAUGGUCCACCCAAGCCUAGCGAACCGGUCGAUGUGCCGCAACAAGCUUACAACCGUACUCAAUCCUCCGUGGCCCAUGGAUUCCAUACGCAGCUGACACCGCCCGGCCCGGACACGUUGCUUUCGGCCUCGGCACCGGAAACGGGCAGAUUCGAACACAAUUAUGUGCCACUGAGUCCUACCGAUCCGGAUGCCGUCCCGAUGGUUGCAUCCUCAACGGCGCUCCGUGGUAUGGUCGAUGAAACGGACCGUGUGACUACAACGUUUGCGAACGAAGAAACGGAAAAGGAACAGCUGGAACGAAAGACACGCAUGCUGGCACGUUCGAUUAGCAAGCAGGCUGUACUGGGACUGAUCGAUGCCGAUAUGCUGCUCGAUGAGCUUACCAAGAGCACGGGUGAUUUGGAAGGUUCGGAAAAGAAAGCCUCGCAAAACACGCCCGAUGGUCCGACGUCGGACAGUAACAGCAAUGUCGAUACGACGUUAUGAUUCUACGUGUCCGAUGCAGACGAAAACAUCAUCGUUGUCAACGUGAAGGAGGGUAGUGCCGAUAGGUAGCAGAUCUAGCACCGUAUAGUGCAUCUUCCCGUACGCGGAUGGAAUUGGAAUUGAGAACGAUCAUCCAUCAUCUGGCUCGGUAUGCACAAAUCUCGUAUGGCACACAUCCAACAAAAAGAAAAAGAAACGAAUCACUAAUCUCUCUCACUCACACACUUUUCGCCCUCACUUCAACCAGAUAGUCGUACAAAACUAAGGAAGCUAAUAUUGUACCAAUACGUUCCAUUAGUACUCUAAGCUUUUACUGGUGGUGAUAAUGAUGAAAAAUGAUGGUGUAAAGAGGAAGAAUAAGUAGCAGCGGCUGUUAGAGAGCUGUAAGUUCACAUCCUGUAUCUCAAUAAUCGAUAAUCGUACGCGCUGAUUAUCCACGAAUGUGAUGAAAGUGUUUUAUUUGCAGCAGUAUUUUGCUAUUACCCAGCGGUAAUUGUACUAAAAAGAAGCCCUAGGCUAGCCAGAUUACGCACAACGUGCUUGCAACGAUUGCAGGUGUUGCAUUUUAGGUUGCCUUAUUGUUGAUGCAAAGUUUCCGCAGCUCGUAUAAGUGAGAACAUUGUGGCCUACGCAAACACAUGCGCCUUAACUGUAUUAGCCUUUCGGAACAUGUUAGAUGCUCGAAUGUGGUGGCCAAAUGGACGGCCAAUCAGCAGCUAAGCUAUGAAAAGUCGUAUAUUUUAGUAAUUGCUCACGUGUAAACUAUUUAGUUUUAGCAGUUGGGCGCUCUUUAAAAGUGCCGCCACAGGAAGGAAAAUGAUAAAAGACACAUGAGUCUUUUAACAAGCUAUGCUAUAAUAUUUACAUUAAUCACUAUCGAAUAUUGAGCAUCAAUUUUUAACCGCAAUAAAAGUUCUUCUUUGAACAAACGAGAAAUGCGAGUGUUUGAAAACUUUUUUUUAAUAUUGGAGAACGCUAAUGAUUUU